UUUUAGGGGAAGUCCCGAAAAGUGUGGAUUUUAUUUUCGGCACAAUUUAUUGCAACAACUUGUUUAAGAGUUAAUAUUUUUCUAACUGUUUCGUUUGUUGCAUUAAAAUGACCGUCGAUGGCAGCAGUGACUCUAUUAUACUAGCUACGGGAAGCUAUGAUCAUACCAUACGGUUCUGGCAAGCUCAUAGCGGGGUUUGUUUACGAACAGUUCAACACCCAGAUUCGCAAGUAAACGCAAUGAAGAUUACACCAGAUCGGGGAUUGCUUGCAGCUGCAGGGUAUCAACAUGUCAGAAUGUACGACGUAAAGUCAAUGAAUCCGAACCCGAUCAGAUGUUACGAUGGUUUGGGGAAGAACGUGACGUCAGUUGGAUUCCAACAAGACGGGAAGUGGAUGUUUACCGGGGGGGAAGACUGCAUGGCAAGGAUAUGGGACAUGAGAGCUCGAAGCAUCCAAUGCAACCGAAUGUUCCAAGUUAACGCACCCAUUACCUCAGCGUGCUUACAUCCUAACCAGGGUGAACUGAUUGUGGCCGACCAAAGUGGUUGUAUCAAUAUAUGGGAUCUAAAGUCGGAUAAAACAGAACGUCUGAUUCCUGAACCAGACGUUGCAAUCAACUGCAUUGACAUCGAUGCAGAUGCAAGCUACUUGGCUGCUGUCAAUACUGAAGGUUCAUGUUUUGUAUGGAGUGUUUCUCAACGCAAGUCAUUGGAAGGCGUGAUACAAGUGAACCCACGUGCCAAACUAAAAGCUCAUUCACGAUACGCCUUGAAGUGCAAGUUUAGUCCAGACUCCGUACUCCUCGCAACGACAUCGGCCGACCAGUCUGUCAAAGUUUGGCAAACCUCUCACUUCCAGCAUCUAUCCACACUAAAGUUAUGCAACACCGACCCUGCGGACCCCCCACACGGUUGGAUGUGGGAUUGUGAAUUCUCAGCUGACUCCCAGUUUAUAAUAACAGCAUCAUCGGACUGUGUUGCUCGACUGUGGAACAUAGAAACAGCAGAAGUGAAGAGGGAAUAUAGUGGCCACUCGAAGGCGGUAGUGAGCUUGGCGUUCAGCGAUUCCACGUGAAAGAAAUUAAUUCUCGAACUCUGUGUCGUCGCCCCUCCGAACUGUUCCGAAACGUUCCGAACCGAGAGUUUCGUAUAGAGACAGAAAAGUUAGAAUAAUGUGAAAAUAUAUGAUGUUUUUACUCCAGUCAAAAGUAUUGGUAAUCAUGGCUUCGGUUAUAGGGUGGGAUGGGGAAAGAUGGGACACCUUUCAUUCUGUUUUCUCGUCCCGUUUGGUAGUAAACAAAGAACAUUCAAAGAAUUAUAAAACCGUAUUCUCACGACUCCCAUAGACCGUUGAUAAUUGUUUAAACACGAUCAGGGUGUUUGGAUAUUAUGUGCUGAAAGUGUCCCGUCCUCCCCCACCCCACUUUAUAUUAAGGAGGUGGUCACGUGGGAUGUUGCGUCCUCUUUUAUCGUUCCGUUUGAUAGAAAAACAUUUGUUUACAGAACUAUAUAACCCUCAUGACUUUGGAAGAACGUUGUCAAUUGUUAAAACACGAUUAUGAAAUAUGGGAUAUUAUGUUCUAACGGUAGCCAACUUACCCUACACAACAUCUAUGUAAUUUUCUUUUUGUUUCCUUGACUGAAAUUAGCGCCAAAA